UCGGGCAGGAGUCAGAGCAAUGUAGGGCUGGAAGGGACCUCAGGCGGUCACUGGCCCAGCCCCCUGUGGCGAGGCAGGACUGGGUAUACCUGGCCCAUCGCCGGCAGCUGUUGGGAGGGGUUUCAGAACAGGUUGGACCAGGGUGGGUUAUGCCACAAUAUCCCUAAGCGUUUUCCAGUGCUUAACUAGCCUUAGAGCUGGAUAUUUUUUUUUCCUAAUAUGGAACCUAAAUCGCCCUUGCUGCAGAUUAAGAUAAUUACUUUGAUCUCCCGCCCCACCAGCUGCACAUGUGGGCUUUGUAACAGCCCUUAAGGGGUUUGAAGACUAUGAAGUCUCUCCCCUUUUAAGCCCCCUCAAUUGCCUCUGCUCAAGACUAAAACAUGCCUAGUUUUGUUUUGUUUUUUUAACAUUUUAGUUUUCCGCACUUCAUCAUUUUCAUGUUUUUACUCUGGACUCUCUCCAGUUUGUCCUCAGUUUCCUAUGCUCAGAACCACACAUGCAACUUCAGCUGAGGACUCACCAGUGCUAAAUAAAGAUGAUUCUCACAAAAACAAUUUUUGUAUUGUCUUUCCAGAUCAUAGAGAGAGGGAGGUCCACAUCCUUUGGAAUUCGAAGUUAAGUGCAUCUACUGGAAGCUUUACAGAUGAGCAGUUUCCUUGCUCUAAGUUUAUAUUGGCGAUAGGACAUAAUUCUGUAGCUUUCCUGUCCUCAUUUGUUCUGAAUUCUGGAUGCUGGGAAGCAGUUGGCUCUGUCAAAUUGUGGAAUGAGUGGUGCAGAACAUCAAAUACAAGAAGUGUUCUUCCAACAGAUGCUUUCUGUUUAUUCUACAAAUUAAUAUCUGAUCCAACAGUAUUGUUGUGCCAGUGCAAUUGCUAUGUGGCUGAAGAUCAGCAAUUUCAAUGGCUUGAAAAGGUUUUUGGCUGUAUGCGGGAGGAGGAUCUGCAAGUAACCAUUCUUUCAACAUGUCCCGUAACUGAUUAUAAAACCCCUGAAUCCACUUUAACGCUUCCUUCUCCUUUUCUGAAAGCUUUAAAGACAAAAGACUUCAAAGAGACCAUCUGUUGUCCACUGCUGGAGCAGCCAAAUAUUGUACAGGGUCUCCCUGCUGCUGUUCUGAGUUAUUGUCAAGUAUGGCAGAUUCCUGCAGUGCUGUAUCAGUGUUACACGGAUGUCAUCAAACUGGACACUGUUACAAUUGAAGCAUUCAAGCCUGUGCUUUCUUCUAAGAACCUGAAGAGUUUAGUCAAGGAUAUGUCCAGAAGUGGAGAGAUACUGAAGAAAUUAGUGACAACCAAUGAAAUUCAUAAUAACAUCUAUACAUAAAGAUAAAGUGGACACUUAUCACCAACCAGUACAUUCAAGUCUGAUGUGUGCUUUUGUCAACUCCAAUUGCUUAUUUGAAGAUAUUUUGGAAUUCUAGCUGCUUCUUUAAAAGUGGAAUAAAUCCUAAUAGAUUUUUUU